AUGGAUUUCUGUAAUUUUUUUUUCUGCCUGGCGGUGUGUCGCUGUUCAAGCACACUCUGGUGUGUGCUGCUGCUGCUGCUGCUCCUCCUCCUCCUGCUGCUGCCGCUUGUGCCCCACGGCAUGUGCUUGUCUCUUCCUUCUUCUCGCAUCCUGAUCUUUUUAUUCUGCCAGCUGCUGUGCAUUGGCUGCGUUGCCAUCGAGUGUGCUUGCAGCUGCAAUAUGGACCUAGGACCGUCAGCAUCAAGGCCGACCACGGAGCCACGCACGCCACAGGAUCGGCUGCUGGUGGGAGGCAACGGGAGGGGGAGGGACGAUUGCACUUUUCGCUGCCUGUUAUGCUGUAGCACGCGCGAGGGGCGUCGACGCCAGCUGCCGCCAGAAUGA